GAUCAUUUCAUUGCCCCUAUAAUACGACCAAAUCAACCACUUCCACUCUUGUAUGAAAAUGGUCUGUAAAAUGUUUUAUAUUUCAAAUAGAUAAAAUAAUGUUUAAGAUAUCUUUUCUUUUUUGAUUUUUGUGCUUCUUGUCAAUACGCUCAUUAUGCCUAUGUACACUAAUUUCAUGUUUUCAGGCGUCUAUGCAGUGCGAAAUUCACUUCGUGAUGAUAGUCCACCCGCCAGCCCCCAGUUUCUGGCACGAACUCCGUUGAUGGCACGACAGUAUGCACCAAUAGCUCCAGUCUCAUUUAGUCGUCGUACUACUACAGUACCCUUAACGCCACCCGUUCUAAAUGAUUAUGAUCAAUAUCCUCAAGCAUCUCUUGUACCUCCUCCUCGAACUCACGCAAAUACAGAAGUAACAGCCCCAAGACGAAGUACAACUAAAUUGGAUCAAUUGCGAAGAUUUCAUUCAUUUGAACCGACUCACAUCAAAGAAUUAUUAACGCGGACAACGUAUUCAGUUCCGGCUAGAACACAGCCGCCGUUUGAGUUUUCCAUGGCAAACGAUAUCGAAGUUGAUAUUGAAUCCACGACAUUACGAAAAAUUUUUGAUGGUGGUAAAAGAAAAGAGGAUGGAACUAGGAGCGACGCUGAAAAAGAUUCUGAAUCUUCGUAUAACAUGAUGUUUUAUAAUGAUGAUGACAACGAUAUACAUUCUAAUAAAAAGGAUGUUCAAGACUUCAUUAAUGAGAACUAUUAUGAAAAAAAGGGUAAUGAAGACGACUCUUUAGAAAAAGAUUUUAAUGAUGCAAAAGGACUGGAUAUUGAAUACAUUGAUAAUAGAAGUUUCAGUUUAACAAAAGAUUUACGUAUUAACAAAGACCAGAUUGGUCCAGACAAUAAAGGCAUUAUUGGUAUUCCCAAUAUAGAAGUAGUGACAAGUACAGGAUUGAAAGAUGCGCUACGUAACAAACGUCGCUCGGUUUGCAACUUACUUAGACUAAGACAACUGAACUUUAAUUCACCGCGAACUUUAGCAGAGAUAACGAGCCAAUUAAAGCAGUGGGCUGAAGAGAGUCCAAUGGCCAAGUGGGUGGACAUAACGCAUGGAAAUUUCACUACAAUGGAGAAUCCAAUUUAUAUGAUGAUAGUAGAUGACCCGGCUAGUGGUCAAAUUAUAUCUGCAAAAAAAACUGUUAUGAUUGUCGCAGGUAUUCAAGGUCGAGACCAUCAUGCGGUGGCCGCCGCCAUGUAUGUGUUGUAUCAACUCAUAGAACGUAGCGAAGCACACAUCGAACUGCUUAAGAAGUAUCGGUUUUGGAUCAUACCAGUAUUCAAUCCAGAUGGAUACGACUACUCUAUGACAUUUCCACACAGACGUGCAUGGACAAAAAAUUUACGCCAGUUGUGGGACUCGUGUAAGGGGCGUAGUUAUUGUAAUUCGUGCGAAACUCACGGGAUACGAUGCACCAUUCAGCCUUGUUACGGAGUCAAUCUCGAUAGAAAUUUUGAAUACCAAUGGAUUCCUGCGAAUGAGCUUCGAUCUGAGCACCCAUGUGGCGGCCUUUACGCAGGACCACGCCAACUAAGCGAAAUAGAGACGCGUGCUCUAACCAAAUACAUGCACGAACUACACACGCCAAUCUUCACAUUCAUUGCAUUCAAAGAAGGGAGUGUCCUAGGGGUUAUGUAUCCAUAUUCACAUACGCGGAAGAAACGUGCUUACGAUAAAAUAUAUAGACAACGAGCUUCAAGAGCUGCUGCGGCUGCGUUCAGCAUUAGCAACCGGCCUUACGUGGCUGGACAAACGUCAGAGUUCUUGCCUUUAUACGCUGGUGGUAUAGAGGACUGGGUGGAUGGCCACCUGGGUAUCGAUAGCACAUACACAGUUAUGAUGUUUCGUCCAUCGGAUUCGUACAACACUAAACUCAUUACAGAGCGCGUUGUCCACGAAGCCUUUGCAGCCAUGGACACUCUACUCUUGCAAAGCACAGAGCCCACGCUUCCCCGGCCAGUCACAUUAGUACAUCGUGGUCACAGUUCCUCCUCGUUUACAAGUCCAACUCGUUUAAUGGCAUUAAUAUCUACAGUUGUAUUACUUAUUAGUUAACACUAUUGUCCUUUUUGGUAGCAAUAACGUGUAUUGUAUGAUCAGUCUUAUAUUAGCAAAUAUCGAAUGAAGCGUUUCUAACACUGAGUUUAGAAAGUAUUGUAAUUUUUCGGUUCCUAAGAGGAACACAUCGAAAUAAUAACGGAUUGUCCUUUUACCAUUUUGUAAGUCAGUAAUAUUAUAUUAUUAUCUGCAUUGAAUAAUUAUGUUUUAAUUUUAU